AGUGGCUGUGUCUCUUGUCUCAGAAAAUGCAGUCAUCUCUCCUCAAACGGACGGUCCGUUCUUUCUUCUUGCCUUGUCGCUGUAGGAACUUUGCUACUUCUUCUGUUGCACACAACGAUGUGAAGAGUAAAAAUCGUGUUGUCCUUUCCGGAAUUCAGCCGACUGGCGUGCCACAUCUAGGCAAUUAUUUUGGAGCUCUUGCGAAUUGGGUGAAGCUUCAACGUGAGGCGGAAUCGGACGAUGUCUUACUGUAUAUGGUCGCUAGUUGGCAUGCUUUGACUCUGCCCCAGGACCCGGUACAGCUCGCCAACGCGAGAAAUGAUACGCUCGCUGUUCUAUUAGCCAUCGGAUUAGACCCUAAACGUUCGAUAAUAUUCCAUCAGGACACGAACAGGGAUCAUGCUGAGCUAGCCUGGAUAUUCAAUUGCAUAGCAUCCACGGGAAUGUUACGCCGUAUGACAACUUGGAAGUCACGACUAGCUACUUCACGUAACAUGUCCGACGACACUGACGUUGACGAGGGCUCGCUCAACGCCGGUUUAUUCACUUACCCUGUCCUUCAAGCCGCCGAUAUCUUGGUGUACAACGCUACCCACGUACCAGUUGGCGAUGACCAGACUCAACAUGUAGAACUAUGUCGAGAUAUCGCCGAACGAUUCAAUCAUACCUUUUCGCCCGAGUCCCCGUUAUUCACUCUUCCCGCACUUCUUAAAACAUCCUCCAAACGAAUACUAUCCCUUCGUGAUCCUUCGUCCAAGAUGUCAAAAUCGGCUCCCGACGUGUCAUCCCGCAUCCUUCUCACCGACGAUGCUUCCCAAAUUGCGUCCAAGAUUAGAGUUGCAGUGACAGACUCUAUACCAGGAAUCACCUAUGACCCUGUCAACCGACCGGGCACGUCCAACCUCUUGACUAUCCUUGCAGCAUGCACGAACGAGGACGUCGCCGAUGUCGCCUUGCGGUAUCAAGACAAGAAUCACGGACAUGUAAAACGCGACCUUACAGAAGUAAUCGAGGAAACACUGAAAGGGCCGAGGGCAGAGUUCGAGAGAUUGCGGAAGGAUGCAGCAUAUCUUCGUGAAGUUGCUCUCGAUGGCGCGGCAAGAUCUGCUGAGAGGUCAGAGGUUGUGAUGAGGGAAGUCAGAGAAGCUAUUGGAUUGCCGUCAUUUAUAUAAUCUAUAUAUCACUGGUUAAAAUCCGUGAAUACCUUAUUGACGUCUUCAUUAAUAUACUUGGUGCCAACUUAUUACUAUUUCGUCCUCAUAAAAUGGACAUUUUGUUUCCUAAAGGUUACACAUUUCAAUGCCAGAUAUAACUUAUCCACGUGAUGGCAGUAAGUAUACCAUUGAAUACUUGAUAGUUGCACAGUAAAAGAGUGUACCGAAAUCAUCAAAAUCAUCAUCCUUUGCCUCAUCAAACUCCAUCGAAAGUAC